CAAUAAUAUGGUGAUGUUUAAUUUGCAAUAUGAAUGUACAAUGACUCUUUCCACAUCAAGACAAUUUAUCGUGCAAAAUGAUACAUGGAACAUUAAAGUAACUAUCUAGCUAACUAACCAACCAACAAACCAGUAAUGAAUGGCAGGAGAUGUGUUUUUGAACAUGAAGAAUUAAAUAUUAUACAGACACAACCAUUUCAGUAUAAUCUUGAACAAAGCACACAGUUUAGUUGCAAUGAACAUCUCUGUUAAUAUGCACAGAAAGCAAGCCCAGGAAAAAGUUGAAUAAUAAAAUAGCCAAAACCAUGUGAGGAGCAGAGCCUGAUAUCUGUGAUAAAUUAAUUAUUUUACAUUGUAUGCAGUGAGUGGCAAAUUAUGAUAUGUCUGGAACACACACAGGAGAUUUAGCUUCGUGAAUCAUUGGUGAGAUCUUCUGUACCAACAUACCUUGUUCUUUCCAACAUUACAUCAACUGUGCUGAAGAGAACUGUGGUUAACUAAAUGAUAAAAGCAGCCGAUAAUAUGGUGGAUGACAUUGGAAGUUCACUGAGGCUUUUUGCAGAUGAUGCUGUGGUGUAUCGAGAGGUUGCAACAAUGGAAAAUUGUACUGAAAUGCAGAAGGAUCUGCAGCGAAUUGACGCAUGGUGCACGGAAUGGCAAUUGAAUCUCAAUGUAGACAAGUGUAAUGUGAUGCGAAUACACAGAAAGAUAGGUCCCUUAUCAUUUAGCUAGAAAAUAGCAGGUCAGCAACAGGAAGCAGUUAAUUCCAUAAAUUAUCUGGGAGUACGCAUUAGGAGUGAUUUAAAAUGGAAUGAUCAUAUAAAGUUGAUCGUCGGUAAAGCAGAUGCCAGAUUGAGAUUCAUUGGAAGAAUCUUAAGGAAAUGCAAUCCGACAACAAAGGAAGUAGGUUACAGUACGCUUGUUCGCCCACUGCUUGAAUACUGCUCAGCAGUGUGGGAUCCGCACCAGAUAGGGUUGAUAGAAGAGAUAGAGAAGAUCCAACGGAGAGCAGCGCACUUCGUUACAGGAUCAUUUAGUAAUUGCGAAAGCGUUAUGGAGAUGAUAGAUAAACUCCAGUGGAAGACUCUGCAAGAGACACACUCAGUAGCUCAGUACGGGCUUUUGCUGAAGUUUCGAGAACAUACCUUCACCGAAGAGUCAAGCAGUAUAUUGCUCCCUCCUACGUAUAUCUCGCGGAGAGACCAUGAGGAUAAAAUCAGAGAGAUUAGAGCCCACACAGAAGCAUACCGACAAUCCUUCUUUCCACGUACAAUACAAGACUGGAAUAGAAGGGAGAACCGAUAGAGGUACUCAGGGUACCCUCCGCCACACACCGUCAGGUGUCUUGCGGAGUAUGGAUGUAGAUGUAGUAGAUGUAGAUAAGGCCAAUGGAGUAACAGUACAUAUCCAACAACCAAAAUUCCACAGUUUCUAAUACCCAUGUCAUAUGAAGUGAGACGAUUUUCCUGGAUACACAUUUGCGAUGACACUUUUUACUGUUUCAAGCUAAAAACAUGCCUCAAAAAUUAUGAUGUGGUUAAACUGACUGCCAAGAAAAUAUAAUCUAGAAUUAGUUUUCGGAGAUUCCAAGAUAUGCCCUCCAGUUGUUAUGUUUUGUGCAUCCAGAGUAAGUAAUCCUAGACAAACAAUGCACCACAUCCUUAACGAAUGACCCAAACAAUUUCCUGAAUGCAUGGAUCUCACAAGUGACAACACUGGACAAAAUGAUUUAUCAUAAAAGUAGCUUAAUACGUUCAUGGCAUCCUUUAAUACAGAUUGCUUAUGACUUAAAUGAACGUUGACAUCGCUGAAAGGCUGAAACUGCUAAUUUUGUGCUUAUAUCCAGCGUAACUGUAUUUUGUUAGGCAUAAGUAAUGUAUAAUUGUAUUUUAAUGCUUUCAAAUUGUACCUAGCCCUACACAGUUUUGUUAUUUCCAAAGUGGGACUAAUUAAAGUUUCAAAUUAUUUUUAACAUGUCAACAGAGUUGUGCAGGGGUAUUUACCACACCGUCUUCUCAGUUAAAUCUUUGUGUCACGGGAUACUCACAGUAAAAAUAUGCACACUUAACGUGUGUUAUAUCGAUGGCUUCAUUAUAUUAUUCCAGAAAUAACACAAAUGAUACUGCAUUUCUGAUAAGAAUAUGAGCAUUUAAAAAGGCUAAUUGGAAGAACCGGCAGAUGGUGGCCCUAGCUAGAUUGAAUACAUAUGAGACAUGUGCCUACGUUUUGAAGAUCCCGAUGUACCGUAUUUUAACUAUGUCGGUGAAAGUGAAAUAUUUGCCUGAUUACCUACAUAGUGAGAUAUGUAUUGAAGACGGCACUCAAAAUAAAAUACCAGGCUUCCGAAAUACCCAACGAUUUGAGGAGAGGAAAAAACUUGUACUGUCAACGAGUUUUUCUCGGUAUAAUAAAUAAUUUGAACUCUCAACCAAGUCCAACAAUCGUAGCUUUCGUAGUUUCCCAUUUCCGUGAUUAUCCAACGUGGUGGCUUCAGUAGACAACAGAAAAUAUUCCCCUUUGAAACGAAACGACAAUACGAACACAACAAACGCAAUAAUUUACCAACAGCUGUCUUAAUUACACUAGUUCUCCUAAAUAACCAUCGAUGCAAAAAUUAACUCAUAAUGGGUCUCCUACCUGAACAAAACGCUAAACUCAGUUACAACUUUACUUCUCUCCGCAAUUCACAUUUCAUUUUGUUCACCAAUCCUGUAUAUUUAGGUUAUGUCUUCAACAACAAACGAAAUGUCAUUCAUAUGUUCAACUCGGCAGCCAUCUUUUCUAGAAACUGUAAAAAUAAUCUGCAUUCUUGUCAGUUGUCACAGUUGGAUACCGUCCUCUACACCGCACCCGACAUCCAAACAUUAAUAUAAUUUCAUUUAUUGCAAAAUUUUUGCAACAGCAGCGAAGCAUCAUUUCUUGGUUGAUCCACAUCACAACAGGUGUCAACAGUUAGUAAACUACUAAUACCACGUACCGUUUAUUUGCGGAUGAGUAUUUUACUUAAAAAAUACUGCAGUUACAUUCAUUCAGAUCUGUAAUGCAUUUUUUUGUUGUUGUAACGAAAAUGACAGAUACCAACAUCAUGACAUGUGGUUGGUCUUUAUCGUACAAUAAAACAGUUGUCUCUACGCACUCAGUAUGACCUGUCGCUUAUUGAAAAAAAUAUUGGUUGUCGGAAAUAAAAAGUAUUUGCAACUGCAGCUAAUUGAGUGUUACAGAAAACGUAACUCCACACACCAUGCAAUAAACAUAGAAUGUUGUUUUCAAGUUUUAAAAUCGUAUAGGUUAUUGCGAACUCUCGUGAAACACACAAUGACGUCACGUUCGUCAGUUUUCGGCACCCAUCGGGAACUGGGAUUAUACUCCCAGAAUUCCGUAGUAGCAGAUGUCCGCCAUAAGUGCUUGGUACUGUAUGUAGGAAAGGAUCGUGUCAGUAGGAGUCCCAGUACGGCCUCAUGCAGCAUUCUCCUUCGGAGAUCAAGGAGAAGUUACUGAGGGCACUGGAUAAGGAAUACAAUGUAAGGUUUUAAAUACUGUCGAAACACAUGAAACACCGAAAUUAAUAAAAAUUACGAAGAAACUUAGCUAAAUGCGCUGUGAAAGUGGCGUGUCUGACUCCAACUUGUGUUAGUUUUCCACUAGCUAAGGUAGAAAUACACCCAUAUCAGACAAGAAUUCCUUAACAGCAGUACCAUAAAUAUAUACAGGUUCAUUCAGAAGCGUGAUUUUGCUUAACAUAGUGGAAGAGACGUCAAAUUUCGUGUGUGGAAAUUGGGUACACGGAGCUGUAAGAGGACAGUGUCUAGCCUAGACCUCCUCCUUACGCGGCACAGCGCGUGCGCACUGGCCAGUGGAGCAUGGCCCGUAACAUGUAAACUCAAGGCAUUCACGUUGACUCAUAUUUCAUACUGACAGCAUAUUAAACUACGUUUAAUCGCCAUAAAGUGUUCUGGAGCCGUUAAAAAUAACGUGCAAAGGAUAAUGAACCUAACAGUUGCUAUAUUCAUUGUAAUGUGCGGUGUUUUGGCAUUAUGAUAAGUGAAACGUGCAAGUGAAGUAUUGUGUGUUCUCCGUUUGUGGAUAAAAACUGUGUUAAUUACGUAAAUAAAGUGAUUUUGUACAAAGUAGAUGCUCCCACAGAAGAUUCCUUUCAUACAUCAUCCAGAUUUACUGUGACGUGCCUUGUAUCCUUCUUCCGUUUCAACAUUUAAUGGAUGUUCUCAAACUCAUGACUUCAAAAUCAUAUUUCUGUGUGAUUCUCUAAUCUCAGGUAAUUGUGAACACAAGUGUGCGAAAAGCUGUGUAAUUGAUUUGCGUCGAUGCCAGAGUGAAUUGCUUAAAAGGAAAAAAAAAAAAAAAAUGUUCGAAACUACUUUUGUACUGAUGCAUUUGAAUAUUGCAGAUUACUUCAGGUUAUUAAUUAUGGCGCUGUGGAAGAAGUUAUUGGACUGCUGGAAAACACUCCAGUUACAAAGGAGGUGCUUGAGACUACACGGCUGGGACGAUACAUCAAUGAACUACGAAAGAAGACAACCGACGAAAUGCUUGCAAAACGUGCCAAAGGUCUGGUUCGUCAGUGGCGUCACAUGAUCAUGCCGGAGCGACAGAGUCCUGCACAUAGAGUGAACGGUGCGAGUGUUGGUGCAAGUGCGUGUGCCAGUGCAGGAGCAAGUCCAGUACAAAGUGGACCUACACCUGGACACGGAGCUAGCCCGGGACCCCAUUCACCAGCAGGCUCUCCCGGUCGACCUCCACACCAUGCAGACUCUGUACCAAGGACCAUUGCCGCCAACAAGCGGCUCCGAAAAGAUGACUCGGACGAAGGUCAGCCUCCAGCUAAAGUCGCACGACAAGUGAAUGGCGGGCUAGAAACAGACAAUCCUAUAGAAAGUGUCCCUGCCGUUAAAGGCUCGGCGACGACUGGUAGGCGUCGCCGUGCUCACCGUUCAACUAACUGUCAUAAUGACGACAUAGUCAAAAAGAAAUUGGCUUCGGCAGCUCGAGCACUGCGUGUGAAAACUACUCAGGAACUGCUGGCCGGUCUGAGUUCUUGCACCAGCAGUGGAUCAUACACGCCUUCGAGUACAACUCCGGAGCCAAAACCGGUAUCUCCUGCAUUGCACGCACGGGCGUCUCCGGCAGUACGGCAGCCCAUGUCUCCUGCGGUGAGGCAGCCCGUGUCUCCUGCGGUGAGGCAGCCCGUGUCUCCUGCGGUGAGGCAGCCCGUGUCUCCUGCGGUGAGGCAGCCCGUGUCUCCUGCAGUGAGGCAGCCCGUGUCUCCUGCGGUGAGGCAGCCAGUUUCUCCGGCGGUGAGGCAGCCUGUGUCUCCGGCGGUGAGGCAGCCCGUGUCUCCGGCGGUGAGGCAGCCCGUGUCUCCGGCGGUGAGGCAGCCCGUGUCUCCGGCGGUGAGGCAGCCCGUGUCUCCGGCGGUGAGGCAGCCCGUCUCUCCAGCACUGAGGCAACCUCUGUCUCCUGCAGUUGUGACCCCAGUGUCUCUGGUAGUGCGGAAACCGGUAUCGCCUGUAGUGCGGAAACCGCUGUCACCUGUGGUGCGACCUCAUCAGCUGCAAGUACAUUCUAACACCGCAGGUGUUCCACCCCAUGAACCUGUAUCUCGUACGCUGUGUACGUCACCUGCCGCAUCCGUACCAACUCCCUCCCCGACACCACCACUCAGAGACGAUGUCGGUACUGCUGUCAUCAGUAUGCCAUCUGUGAAAACUGCUAGUACACAUUUGUCCUCGGUGAAGCGGGUACGCCAGUCUCGAAUCGAUGCGAGCUCUGUUCCGGCAGCCCAAACUGUAAAACCUCCCCCUCCUGCACCGUCGCCCACUCCCUCACCUUCACUGUCACCAGCUCGCUCAGUGUCGUCACUGCUGAACGCUGUCAGUGAUUCCACCAGAUCGGGCGAUAUCUGUGCUCAGAUUGCAGAAAUAAUGUCUAGGCUUCCUCCAAUUGAUGCCUCUGCAGUGUGUCGAGAGGAGACCUCACCAUCUGUCCAUUGCGAUUACAGAGCAGAAGAUCUUCUGGAUGGCGAGAUAGAUGGUGUGACUGGAAAUGUGUCUCAUGAUGGCAAGUUUAGAGAAUGGCACGAGUGUGUAUCGCGGACGACUGCAGCUGGAGAGUUGCUUCAUAUACUACCGUAUACAAUUAUAGACUAAGAUGAUUUGGUUGAUUUGGCUGUUAUAUUGUUGCAUGUCACGGAUACUGAGUAGUGACGUGUACGGAAUAUGAAAUAUGCGCACCUGUGACUGAUAACCGUGACUGCGCCAUUGGCUGUGGUAUGCUAGUCGUCACGCAGACUGGCAAAUGGACCGUAAUUUUGUGAAACUGCAGCCAUGAAUUGUGUAAUUAUGGUGCUGUCUGGGGUCUGAAGGAUAGAAAUACAACAGCGAUAUCAGGGAUUUGUGCAUUUGCCUAGUUAUGGUACAGUUUGUGCCGUGGGCACAUGGCUUGUGAUAAUUGACAUAAAGGGCAUCCCCGUCCUGUAUUUGCAACCUCACAUUUUCCGUACGCUGGGAAGUCAAGUACCCUAUAUUUAAUUGGAUAUCGUUGCCAAAUGUAGGGUUACUGUUAAUAUUGUAUAGGCUACACUGCCCAAUGUUGAUUUGUUGUAAGCAUCAACUUAAUACAUAUUUACUAGUGAGUCUGAUUGUAACUCAGAGUUUUGUACAGUUGCCUGUGCCUUUUACUAGUUGCCUGUCAUUCACUGGAGGAAUGAUUUAGUACUUAGAUAUAUUUAUACUUCAUUUUUUAUUUAAUGAUAUGCUUCAGUUCUUCCAAGUGAAUUACUUGCAAGAAUCAAGUUUUUGGUAACAGUAUUUGAAACGUAUAAAGCCAGAAUUCAUAUAGCUACUUAAACUGCAUACAACGAGAUGAAGAAUGCUUACAUUUGUCACCUUUCAUUAUUACCAUUAACACCAGCCAGUGAUGUUAAAGAUACUUAAUUAUGUAGUUUUUAACAUUUAUUCAGUCCUCCGUUGUGGAGAAAUAAAAGACCUGUUCCAAUCAAUAAGCAACACCAACAAACCAAGUUUUUGUAAUUUGCAUGUCAAAAGGUGCCUGCCAUUCAAUUCUAAACUGAAAGAAAAGUGUUUUCCUUGCAUAAACACAUGUGGGCUGACAAGCUUGAGCAUUUGGAACUCUUUGUUCUGUUAUGUGGCAAUUUUCUGUUGGAAGACUGUUAGUAUGUCAUGCCACAUCAUUGGUGAUAAUGGUUCAUAAUAUAAAGUUCCUGAGAUACUUCCCAGAAUUUUGUAUCACAAGUUAUCAGUGUAUUCAUUGUCAUAUAAUGAAUUCUGCUACAUUGAUUUAAAAAGAUAACUUAAAUAUCACCUGCCCAUAAUAGCUACAUCAUGUUCCUGUUACCUUUUUUUUUUUUUCUCCUUCUUCUUCUUUCUCGUUAGGUUAAAUGUGACCAUUAUGUUAAAGUGCCAUCAUCCCCGACUCAUGUUAGCAAAUAAACUUUCAAUUGAUGCUGUAUACUUCCAUUUUGUGCAGAAAAGUCUAUGUUUUAAAUUAAUGUCAUAAACUGUUAAUUUGUGCUAAAUUUUGUUGUAUGAAAGAAAAAAAUCUCAGUUUUACAGUCUCAAUAUAUGGAACAGAAUUCUAGGAGGAGGGAUUCAAAAAACUUGUUCCAACUCUGUAAUGCAGAUAGUCCAACAGUUACAAAAGAGUAUAAAUAUGUUGCUUACGUUUUGUUGUUGGAAUAUUUCUAGCAGGCCAAUAAUUUUAAACCCAUUAUGUUGUUGCAUUCGUGAGUUAGCCAAAGCUUUAAUAUCCAACCAUGAUAAUCAAAAUGGGCAAUAUAAAGCAGCUCCUGUGGUUAACGUUGUGCUGAAAAUUAUGUACUUGUUGAGCUAGCAUUACUGUUCUCAUGAUACUGUGAUAAAGAUUAUUUGUAUUUAAACUGUAUAUAGUAAAUAGAAACUUAUCAGUUUAUGUUAUGGAAUUGAUUAAAUAUUUUUCUAAUGGCAAGAUAGCUGUUUUCCUUUACAGUAAAUCAGUUUAAAUUGUAGCUUAAUUUCUUUCAGUUCAACUGAGGUGUCACUGUAGACUCGGCAUUUUAGUUAUUACAUAAGAAAUAAUUUAAAAUUUCUCAGUGACUAGUAAUGUAAGACCUACAUAACACAGCAGAUGUGUGGCCUCCCUCCCCCCUACUUACCACCUCCCUCCACUUCACUUCCUCAUUUCUCCCCAGCUAUACCUGUUCACUUCAGCACUUCACCCCUCUACUCCACCCUUUCACUCCGCCAUUUUAUCCCUUCUGUCACUUUUUUACUCCACCACUUCUCACUUUUUGCCCCUUUCACUCCACCACUCCUCAUCUUUCCCCCUGCACUCUAUCACUUGUAAUCCAACCCCCUUCACUCCACCAUUUCCCAUCUUCUUUCCCUGCUCCACUCCACCACUUCUCACCAUCUGCCCUCCUCCUCCCCUCCCCCCCCCCCCCCCCCCCCACUUCACUCCACCACUUCUCACCUUUUGCCCCUGCUUCACUCCACCACUUUCUCACCUUUUGCUCCUGCUUCACUCCACCAUUUCCUCACCUUUUGCUGCUGCUUCACUCCACCACUCUGCAUCACUGUUCCCCAUCUGCCCUCCUUACAAUACGACUUCUCUCUCCACUUUUCUCAUGUCACUAUCUAAUUUUUACCCCACUUUUCCCGUGUGCCUCCACGUAGUAGUCUCCCCCCCCCCCCCCCCCCCCCUCUCUCUCUCUCUCUCUCUCUCUCUCUCUCUCUCUCUCUCUCUCUCUCUCUCUCUCUCUCUCAUCCUGGGCAGCUUUCUUAAUUCAGUUUGGCAGGUCACUGCUUCAUGGAACAUAUGUUUGUAAAAUCACUUCUACAUCUUGUGAUAAAUAGUUCCAAGGUACUGAUACAAAAGACUGACAUUGUAUGUUUAUAUUACAGAAAAUUCUGAGAGACAUCUCACUUUUUAGAUUGUGCCUUAAAACUGGUUGUAAAUGAUGACAUCAGUUUUAGAAUAUUUGUAUUUAACUGUGAUAACGUCUGUCUUAUUGCUGUAUGCUUGACUUUAGAACUGCUGCCACAAUUCAGGCACUUCCUAUGUUAAAACAUUUUUCUUCAUAUGCCACACUGCUGUAUGUAGGUUAAAAUGCUAGAUUGUGAGUUGUAUACAGUUGUACUGUAAAAAAAAAAAAAACAAAAAAAACAGUGUACAUUCUAUUUGCUAGCAGUUUCUUGUCUGCACUGUUUGAUUUUCAUAAUAAUGAAUGUAUUGAGCAUAUAUUCAGAAGCUGGGUUGAAUACUGAUAUAGGGAAAGUAAAAACAAACAUUACCACUUAAGUACAAAGUCAGAAUGUAAUUCCUUAAAAUAGACUGCCAGAAUUUUUGCAACAGCAGAGGCAUUUGUUAGAUAUUCAUAGCAAGGUGAAAAUGCUCUGGAAUUCAAACUCCAGACACUGAGUGUUGCUAUACAGUUCAGCUAAUGUUUCCUCCUCCCUUACCUCCACUCUGUGUUGGUUAAAAUUUUAUUUUAAUCAUAUCAGAAUAUUUUGUUCAUUCCAUAUUUGUAGGUAUUAGUAAUUUCUGCACCCAGAUGAUUUGUGUUCCUUCAGAUAUGUUAAUUUUUAAGAUCUAGAGAGUGAUUUUGGAAGUUUUUUCUAAAAGUGUUUUGCUAUUGUUAUUGAACAAUACAGGAUAUUUGUGGAUUGUUCAUCAAUAAAUGAAGUGAAGCUUG